UCAGGUGUGCCAGAGCAAGAGAAGCCUAAAGAUGGCAGGGCGGCCUACAAUCCAAACACCAUCCGCAGAGAGACCAUUCCAGAAGAUCGCCAUGGAUUUCAUCGGGCCAUUCCAGCCCUCAGAGGACGGCAAUCCAAGACUACUUUACCAAGUGGCCGGAGGUCGUGCCAUUUCGCAGCGCACCAACAGCAGAAGAGACCGUGAGAGCGCUCAUCGAGGCAGUCGUCACCCGACACGGACUGCCGGAAGAAGUCAUCACCGACAACGGAAGCCACUUUGUCAACCAGCUGAUGCGUGACGUAACCAACAUGCUGCGAAUCAAACAUACGACGACAACACCACACCAUCCACAGGGCAAUGGCAUGAUUGAGCGCUUUCAUAGAUUGCGUCCAUACUUGAACAAGCGACAAACCAAUUGGGACAGGGUGAUCCCAUUGGUCUUGUAUGCGUAUCGCACCACCGAACAU